GCCUGCGUGCUGUUUUGGUGCCAAUAUACAAGAGAGGGAGAGAGAGAGAGGGCGAGGGGGAGAUCGCUGGUCUUGGGGUCUGAGUAGAGGGGGCUAUUUAGCCGAGCAAAGAUCCGUCCUCACCAUCACCUUAGUCGUCAAUAUCACGGACACAAACCCUAACUUUUAUUCUUUUAUUCUUUUUUGUCUUGAUUUCUUUCCAACGACCUUAUCGAUUCAUUAAUUUCGUUAUUUUAUUAGAUUGACGCUGGUUAUGUACUGAUCAAUCUCUGCGCAGUUCUACAAAACCUGAAAACCCUAAUUGGAAAUGGUUACCGCACCUGAUUCUUCUUCUAACCAUCACUCGCCGACUAUUGCCGGGAAUACCAAUAGCCCUACGUUCCCGCGAAAAAACUUGCCCUCCCCCUGGGCUCAAGUCGUUAGGGGUGGUGAGUCCGAAUCACUCUCCGGAACUCAACAAUCGCCGCCGUCAUCCUCAUCAGCUUUUUCCUCCUCUUCCUCUUUGUCCUCCCUCACUUCCUCUGUGUUCGAUCAUCCAUCACAGUCUGAUUCCGUUCCAAAGGCGGCUCCGGCUUGUCCGCCGCUGGAUAACUCUAAUACGGCUGCCGCAGAUGACUGUGAUGCUAAUAACGGUAAUGCAGGUCGUUCUAAGAAGACUGCCUGGAACAAGCUUGCAAACGGCGAUGUUGAGGUUAGCCCUGUAAUGGGUGCUGUCUCCUGGCCGGCACUGUCUGAAUCCACCAAGGCUUCGGCUAAAUUGUCAGCUGAAUCGUCUUCCAAGGCUUCUACCGAUGGAUCGCUCCCCAGCUCUCAGGCGCCUGUUACUUCGCACACCCCUCACAAACAAGCUGCUAGUAAUGCAAAACCUAAUUUUGCAACAAACCAUGGCACAUAUAAUAAACAAAGAUCGAUGAAGCGUGGAGGUGGCAGUAACAUUGGAGCUGGUCCUGCGCAAAAUAGCUUCUCCAAUCCCCCCCAGCCCCCACCGCCACCACCUUUUCCUGUAUAUCAGAUGCCUCCAAGUGGCUAUAAUACUAUGGUACCAGGAGUUCCCGAUCCUUCAUCAAGAGAGCUUCUUUACAAGAAGAAUAGCUGGGAUCCAAGGCCCUCAGUUGGGGGUUUUAUGCCUGUUGUGAAUGAUCGUCGGAAUUCCCCUCGCAGGGGCAAUUUUGUGCCCCAUCCACGUGCUGAUGGUUCUUAUCAUAAUAACUAUGGGGGUAGACGUGAUCAGGAUCGUGGAAAUUAUGGAAAUAGUGGGGAUGUUCAUGUAAAUCAACAGAGAAUGCCUCCUAGGGGAUUGGCGAGGCCCUUGCCACCUAAUACUGCUGCAUUUGUGGCUCCUCAGCCCCUAGCACCCUUUGCAAACCCUGUGGGUUUUCCUGAGUACUAUUAUUUCCCAACACUACCACUGGAACCCUUCAGGGGUAUGCCAUUCGUCACUCAUGGCCCUCCUCCCGCAAUGUUCUUUCCCGUUGCAGAAUCACCCCUAGCCAAUACGAUAGUGAAUCAAAUUGAUUAUUACUUCAGGUUAUGUACCAAACAAAAAUAUCAUUGUUAUUUCAGUGAUGCUAAUCUUGUUAAAGAUGAGUAUUUAAGGUCCAACAUGGAUGAGCAGGGUUGGGUUUCAAUUAGUUUGAUAGCAAGCUUUCCUCGAGUUAAAAGUCUGACAAGCAAUAUUCAAUUGAUAUUGGAUUCAUUAAGAACAUCUACUCUUGUGGAAGUACAGGCUGACAAGGUGAGGAGGCGUAAUCAAUGGAAGAAAUGGUUGCCAUCGUCUCAGCUACGGGUCGAUUCUGCUUUGGCAUCUUCUGGUGGAUCAAAUCACAAUAAUCUGGUUGCUGAUUUUCAGAAGAUCGCCAUUGAAGAAUCAACCACUAAUAAAGUUAAUUCAAGCCCCACCUCAGAUAGAUCUGCAAUAAGGACUUCUAGUCAGUCCCAACUCUGGAAUAGUGAUGCAAUUGACAAUGCCGAUUGAAACUAGACAUAAUCAAUCUAUCUCGCCCCAAUAUUGUUAGCCUGGAUCUAGUAUCCAGCCUUGGGCAAUACCACGUUUUUUGCUUUGAGGUUGAUUGAAAGUAAGGCUAUUCUGGAAUAUGAUCCCUUCUUUAGUUGCUGAGCUCGAUUUUGGUAGUAAUUUAUAUAUCAAGUAGGGGAAAUAAAGAUUCAUUGGUUACUACUACGAUCUAAAGAUAAAGUUGAUAAGACUGAAGGAAUUUACAAUUCUGAUUGAGGCGGAUUUUACGAGGUUAUUGAUUUGUACAGCUUAUGCUUUAGUCUUGACCUUUUUUAUCUUGAAAUUUUCUGGUGUGUUACAAUAUGAUGUGUGGUUGAAGCCAAGCUGUUGACAUUUUGAUACUAAAAAGGGGAAAAUGAAAUUAAAAAAAGAAAAAAAGAGAAAUUUAUUGUCGUUU